UCAAAUGGAACAUUUCCAUUCACGUGACAUUUUUUCACGUAUCAGAUCUACCUUUGACCCAGAUUAGCAGCAUGUUGUUAACGUAAGCCCGACUGCAAAAAUGACGGCGGCUCAAGGAAACUGCGACUUUAGCUGGAUACCAGUAAUCGAUAUAAAGGCGUUUGACAUCACAAAAGAAGAAAACGAGGUCGACAGAAACGAUCUGGAAACGUUGGCCAAUGAUGUAUUCAAAGCCUUCAGUACCAUUGGUUUUGUAUACGUCAAAAACCACGGAAUCCCCCAAGACCAGAUUGACAAUAUAUUUAGAUUGGCUGAUGACUUUUUUGCACAACCCCAAGAGACCAAGAACAAGUUCAUCCGCCCCUUAUCUGACCCAAGUGGAAUUGGCUACAUUCCAAUAGGGAGAGAAACUUUUGAAGCAGACAAACCUGCUGACUUCAAGGAGUCCUUUGAUGCUAUUCCUGGAGGAGCUUAUAAUCAGCUAUGGCCAGGUAUCCCAAACUUUGAGAAGGAUGUGGUGGAGUUCCACAGAACUUGUGCCAAGCUGAGUCUUCGAAUGCUGAAACUGAUUGGGAUGGGACUUGGACUGGAGGACCAAAAUGAGUUACUCGCGUGCCAUACAAAUCUCGUCAACUGGCGUGACAACAGCUCAACCACGUUAAGACUGUUGACAUAUCCUCCUUACACCGAAAAAGAAGACAUGACCCCAGGCCAGGCACGAUGUAGUGAGCACACGGAUUACGGCUCCAUAACUCUGCUAUUCCAGGAUGAUAUAGGAGGCCUUGAGGUGCAGACAGUGGCUGGAGAGUACAAACAAGCCACACCUAUACCUGGUACCAUAGUGGUCAUCUUAGAUGACAUGAUGCCCAGAUGGACCUCGGACAGGCUGAAGGCUACACUGCACCGAGUUGUGCCUUCCCAUAAGUAUAAUAGACGUAGAAGUCUGGUCUAUUUCACACACCCUGAUAGUUCUACGAUUGUCAAACCUCUUGAUGGGUCGGACACAUACCCUCCUAUACGUUAUACAAGAUACUUGACAGAGCAGUAUUACAGCAGAGGACUUCUGGGAGAAGGCCAACGUGGUGACGUGGCCGCAUAAGUCUGCAUUAUCACCAAGCGAACCCGCCAACCAUGAUGACGAUCCAGUGACUGCACCUACGAUGGACAAAUUGAAAAAAAAGGGGUCCACCAGUAUGAUUACAGAACAUCCCAGCAUACAUUAUAAAGAAUGAUACAGGUCGAAUAAGCUGGGAAAUUUUAAUGGCACAGGAUUGACAUAUAUACAGCAGAUAAUACAUACCCAUAAUUAGUUGCCUAACUGAUAUUUAAGAGUUAAUUGGCUUACAUUAGAGUUCAAGCUUUUGUCAAAUUAAUUGGAGCUUAAAAUGCAAUACAUGUACUAAAGAUUACUCUGAAAAUGACAUAACAGUUAUAUAUAUUCACAUUGUUGAUGGUGGUGCUGAAGUAAAAAUUAUAUUGAUAUGAAGAUGUGCUUGUUUUGAACGUCCCUUUUUAUUGCUUAACGUAGUUAUAAAAUGUCAAAAGGUACUCAUAUACAUGUACG